AUGGAAAAGAUCGCUAAGAAAGCCUUGAUGCAAUUUCUCGAGCAGCACCACUUCCUCUUCGAUAUCCAACAUGGCUUUCGAAGUGGUACGUUCUGUCUCACGAAUUUGCUCCUUUCACUCGAACGGUUGACCAAAGCACGCUACGAAGGCGAUGUGGUGUACGCCAUCUACAUCGACUUCAAAAAGGCUUUCGAUAGAUUCCCUCACCAACGUCUCUUGCACAAACUGCGCAACGCAGGAAUGCGUGGACGCCUUCUUGCACGGAUACAGAGCUUUUUGACGGCACGGUCCCAAAGAGCGCAGGUCGGUUGCCAACAGUUCUCAGAGGUAAGCGUGGUGAGCGGCGUCCCACAGAGCUCAAUCUUAGACCCCACAUUAUCCCUCGGUUUCAUAAAGGACUGCGCCAAGGACCUACACUGUGGUGCCAUUCUGUUUGUCGACGAAGUAAAAUUGUGGAAAGUUAUUCACAAUGCGGCAGACGGAGACCACCUGCAAACAAACUUGAACAGGCUCGAGGACUCGUCGAAGCGCUGGUUUAUGCCCUUCCAUGUGAGCAAGUGUAGCUUUCUUCAAAUCGGCAGCUGUAGAACCUCCAGCCCCAGGACUUGCCUUCUUCACGGCACACCACUGCAACAAGUUGACAGUCAGAGGGACUCGGGUGUGUGAAUUACAUCUUCAAUCAAACCAGCACUAAACUGCGCGAAGGCGGCUAAGUCUGCCAUGGCAACGUUGCAACUCAUUAGGCGAGCUUUUGUGGGAUUUGACAUUGACUGCCUUUCCAAAAUAUUUGGAACUUUCUUGCGGCCUCAUCUAGAGUACGCCAUACAGCCGUGGAGACAUUGGACUGCCAAGGAGUAUACCGUCUUGGAAAAGGUUCAGAGAUGGGCGACCAAAAUGACAAACGGUCUGGGAGCAUUGCCCUAUGAAAUCAGACUGUCAACUCUCAACCUGUUUCCCCUUUCCUACAGGCACCUACGUGGUAACCGUAUACUAACAUUUCGUAUAAUCGACAGAUUAGACUGUCGUUUAGAUCCAUCUGAUUACUUCACCCCAGCUAACACGCCCACUUUGCGCGGUCAUCCCCUGAAGCUACACUCAGGGAAAGCAAGGAUUAAUGGACAAAAGUUCCCUUUCAGCAGCAGAGUGGUUGCAGCGUGGAAUGUCCUGCCUACCGAUGUUGUAGUCUCCUCCUGUGUGAAUUCCUUUAAGUGUAGACUCGGCGCGUAUCAAGCCGCCCAACUGCCGGCCUCACCUCCAAUCACAUAGUCAGACACAACUUAUAUAUAUUUAUGCUACUUGCAAUUAGUGAGUAAGUGUUAAUGAUUACUCUUUUUUCUUCAAGCUGGCAGUCGUCUGCAAUUAUGUACAAAAUUUCAAUUUCAAUUUUCUACUUAUCAGUGUUUUUUCCCUCCAACGACUUGUUAUCAAUAGGGAGUUCAAAGGCACUCGCCUAUAUUUCUCUUAAUAAAACUGAACUGAACAAGCUUAUCGUGGCUUCCGAACCAAAAAUGCCGUUGAAAGCCUCACAGAUAACUACCCCGUACCCAUUCCCUUAAUCUCAUUCUACAGACUGCCAUAGUAGCACUGCUCAUUAUGGCAGCCUGGAAUGGUCGUUGGCUUCUAGACAAUCCGGAGGCAAACCGUCUGGAAAUAAGGCCGGUUCUGGUCACCCGCGAACUGAGCCGCCACAUAGUGGAUAUGGCGGUUCUCUGUGAGACCCGCCUCUCUGAAAUGACCCAACAAGAGGAGGUGAAUUUCGGAUAA